AUCAGUAUGACCUCUGUUAUACUUCAAUGCGCUUCACUAUUGAAUGUGUGGGUGUGAGGUUAAGACCGCAUCAUUCUACUUAAAGAAACUGAAUUGAACAGUUUGGCUUUGAUGAAGUGACUCGAAAGUUGGCAUAGAUUCGAAGAGGUGGAGGACGAAGGCCGGUGGCAAUGGCAUCUUCUGCCAAUGGACUAGAACUUCAAGAAAUGGCUGAGGUAUCUGGUCAGAAACCCAAACAACCUGAAACAACAGAAACACAAAUUCGAGCGCCUUUGGCAUCGAUAACUUCUGAUACAUCACUAUCUUCUGAAUCAUCGGCUGAAGAAGACGAAGAAUCCCAAGUAAGAGAAGAGAAAAGGAAGCUACUGAAACCUACUCCACAACUAGAACUUCAAGAAAUGGCUGAGGUAUCUGGUCAGAAACCCAAACAAGUAAGCUUUUUUUUUAAUCUUAAAAUAUACUUGAAUUGUUCUGAAUUGUGAUGGAUUAUUUCUUGAGAAUUUCAUCAAAGGA